AUGGAUAGCCGAGUGAAAGAAAGUGUUGAUCAACCUCUCGUAACCAACGACGCGAACAAAAGAAUUGACCCAUAUGGAUUUGAGAGACCUCAUGAUUUUGAAAACUACGAGGAGAUGAUGGAUGAGUAUGCAGCCGUCCUCAACAGAAGGUCCAUGAGAUGGUCCAAACUCCUACAUGGGCAAACUCAUGUGGAAAAGAACUUGAAAGUGAAGCGGUACGUGCGUAAAGGCGUACCCGGUGAGCAUCGAGCCAGGGUCUGGCUGGCCACCAGCGGCGCCCAGGAGCACCUGGAGAGGAACCCAGGUUACUACCAGUCGCUGCUGGCCGUGCAGCAUGACGCCACGCUGGAGCGGACCAUUCACACAGACAUGCACAGGACCUUCCCUGACAACGUGCUGUUUAAGGACACCACAGAGCCAUGCUUACAGAAGCCUCUGUACAACGUGCUGCUGGCCUACGGACACCACAAUAAGGCGGUGGGGUAUUGUCAGGGCAUGAACUUCAUCGCUGGUUAUCUUGUGAUCAUCACAAAGGAUGAAGAGAAAGCCUUCUGGCUGAUGGACGCCUUGCUGGGCAGAAUACUCUCAGACUACUACAGCCCAGCCAUGUUGGGGCUGAAGACCGACCAGGAGGUUCUCAGCGAGCUGGUGAGGGCCAAAGCGCCUGCGGUGGGCCAGCUCAUGGACCAGUACCCCGGCAUUUGGACCCUGGUGGUUUCACGCUGGUUUAUCUGCCUCUACAUUGACAUACUCCCCGUAGAGACAGUACUACGGCUCUGGGACUGUCUUUUCUACGAGGGCUCCAAGGUCCUUUUCCGUGUGGCUUUAACUUUGAUCUGCCACCACCAGCCGGUCAUCCUGAGGAGCCGCUCUCUGUCCGAUGUCUGUGAGUGUUUCAAGCAGAUCAGCCGUGGAGCCUUCACCCUGGACUGCCACUCCUUCAUGCAGAAAAUAUUUACGGAACCCGGAAGUCUGUCCAUGGCAACUAUCGGUAAACUGAGAGAGGCGUGCAGACAACGCAUCACGGCAGAGGAGCCUGGCCGACCCUGAGGUCCAGUAUUUGCUGUAAUACUACUAUGCUGUCAUAGACUUGUACAAGUACGGACCAUCCGUCAUAAUGAGAGAGUACCGUACCGAUGGCAACACGAAACCCUGCCACAGCCCAAAGUACACACUA